AUGCAAUCGACCAGCCCAAAAGAAUCGGCCUUCGAACCGCCUCCCCAGACAUUUCCCACCCAAGGGGACAGGCAGUAUUCGUUACACAAAGAGAUCAUGUCUACUCAAUCUAACUUUACGGCCUUGGACUGGGGGUAUUCCUACCCGUUAAUCUUCCAUCUCAACUUGGAGAUUCCCGCCUUUUUCGUGUCUUAUCGCUGGUGGGAAGACGAGGCGACAACUGUGUUCUGGGCAUUCGAUAUCCAAGAAAUUCGCCGUGUGAUCCAAUUCAAACUAUUUAGCGACGAAAAUUUCCCGAGGACUUCCCUUUGCGCUCGAACUGUGGACACCAUUGACAGCUUUUUGGUCGCGCUGUCCGAGCCCCAUGAGUAUCAACUCCUCGGGAAUCUUUCUCAUAUACAGAGGGUGGAGGAGAUCCUACGCCGGUCGAGUAUACCUCCUUUCCAGCCCAUUCCUUGGAGUUGGCUCCCACCGCGAACAAGAAUUACUCUAGAUGCACGGGAAAUUGCUGCUGCAAUUGAUGCCGAGAGCCAUUUCCACUUUAGGCAGAUUGCCUUUGAAGAGUUUGUACGUGCUGCUCUCGGAUACAAGGCUGUCUUCGUCGAGUGGUUCCUGCAACAGCAUGCGGCUCUUUAUAUUAUGCUCCAGGACCAUCUAAGCGCCUACAAGGAGGACAUUCCUCUGUACACAGAAGUAGAAAAGCACCUUCGGUCGCGGAGUCCAUUCGCACACCGAGCGCUGGUCCAGUGCCUCCUAGCUGUGCGACAUGGCGGAUAUCGUGACAUGCCUAAACCCAACACCGCUGGGUUUGAAUUCAUCGCAGGUCCUAUUCAGGCCUUAUUCAAGGACCAGCCAGGAAGACUUACUACUAUGCUCAAGAUUUUGAGCGUUUUAGCAAUGAAAUUUCGCCGACAGUAUAUUCAUGCUCCUACCAUGGAUUGGAAGACUCCAUUUGAUACCUCUAUUCCUUUCCUAAACGAUUAUCUCGAGUCGACAUCUCCAAAAGACUUGGCCCGCAGCAUAAGAGGCCUGGACGAGCACAGUUUUGCAGAGUUGACCCGACAAAGUUUGAUAGCAGAGGAUGCUAUCGUGGGACAAUUGCUGGACCAGUGGCGCAUACUAAGCAUUUCUAUCUGGGAAUGCUGCGCUGCACUUCCAAACAUGGUUCCAUAUCUACAAGAAUGUGCACAGUCCCUCCUCGCAACACGUGAUUAUCAUUCUCUCACAGCUAUCAUCAAAGGCCUGCACACCUAUACCGUUUUGACAACCCGCCCCGCCAGCACAGACAUCCCCCAAGGAAACGCGAUCACACUCGAGACCCUGGUUCCACGGGAAAUCCUUUCUCUCAUGAGCCCAGCUGAGAACUUUGCUUCCUACCGUCAGCACUACCAGAAAUACCCCGGCAUUCCCUUUUUAAUCGCUCACACCCGCGAUCACGAAAAAAACGGCGAAUCCGUGCUUCAGCCAGUUUUUCAGUAUCUGCAAAGCACCAAAUGA